AUGUACACUACACAGGUGUGCGAAUUUAACAACAGAAGAAUGAUUGCGGCGUUAUUGUCACUGAUUUUAUUCGUCACUUCGGCAGAUGCCCUGCAGUGUUAUAACUGUCGAGGAAUAACAAAUUAUGAUGUAAAUUCUUGUUUCAACCCAACGCCACAAUCAACAUACAUUCAGGAAUGUGCCAAGAAUGAAGUUUGUGAAAAAAGGGUGACCCAGGUGGACCGGUUGCAAGAUGUCAUCGAUCGAGGAUGCUCCCCGAAUUGCAAGGCAGCUCAGUUCGUGUGGACAGACGAAUUUCAAGUUUAUUGUUGCAACGACAAGUCAAUGUGCAAUGGCGCGUCAACAAAUUAUUAUUACAGCACUAACAAACUCGCAUCAUUAAUUGUCGUGUCUCUAUUAUGCUCUUUCGUACACCGUUUGUAUGGCAGGAUUAUAUGAGGAGCGCCAGCCAGCUAGCUCACUCACACAUACAUAUAUUUAUUCUGUUGAAUUCGGUCGAAGUUAUCAGAUUGUGUCGUUUAAAAAUGAAAUGAACAACCUUAUAACUUCCAUCGAAUUCAACAAAAUAUGUAUAAGGGCAAAUAUUCUGACCAAAUUUACUGAUAUUUAUAUUUAUGUAUAUAUAUUUUUACUGUUUCUACACACACACGCACACACACACACACACACACACACACACACAUAUAUAUAUAUAUAUAUAUUCCUCCAACUAAGUGUGCAUAUACCUAUAUAUGAAUUCAUACGCAUUCACACAUAUUUUCAUUACACGUAUAAUACAGAACAAUUUCAAAUUAUUUCAAAUUAAUGACUUUUACCAUAUGAAAAUGAAUCAAACUGUUCUUAUUCACACGUGAUUCAAAUAGCAUAAACAACAUUAAAAAUCAUCGACUACCGUGCUUCAAUAAAUCCAAUUUUCGUAUGAAGUAAUCUACAUUAGAGAUGCCAGGAUUCUGUUGUAACAAUAAAUCAAUUUCUCUUCCCAUACCUACACGACAACUUAGUAUCUUUUUUUUCAAAAUUUCUGUCACCGGGUCUGGCCUUUUAAUGAAUGGUAUCUUGAUGUUAGGAAUUGUUUGACCGCGAUGUUCACCGGCGUUGCAAGGAUAUCUGGAAUAAAAUUGUUGCGUUUGCGAUGGAGGGGGCCUGCCUAGAAAACAUCCACCUUGUUGACGCUGAUGUUGAUGGCUGCUAGGCGGAUAUCGCCAUGUCAAGUUGUGAUUGUUGCUAUUUACAAAUCCCGAAGCUGAGUUUGAGCGGUGUGGAUGAUGUGUGGAAUUUACCGAACCAUUUCUGAAUUGUUAAUAACAAUAAAAACAUACACAUCUGAAUUUUUAAUAGCAUUAAAAACGUACAUUUGACUAAAUUUUUUUUCAUU